AAUUGAGUGUAUGUAAACUUCUGACCCACUGGGAAUGUGAUGAAAGAAAUAAAAGCUGAAAGAAAUCAUUCUCUGUCCUAUUAUUCUGAAAUUUCACAUUCUUAAAAUAAAGUGGUGAUGCUAACUGACCUAAGAGAGGGAAUUUUUACUAGGAUUAAAUGUCAGGAAUUGUGAAAAACUGAGUUUAAAUGUAUUUGGCUAAGGUGUAUGUAAACUUCCGACUUCAACUGUAUUUCAUGGUUCAUUUAUAUGUUGAUUGCUAACCUGUGUCCAAACUUGCAGGGGAAAUCUGGUGAGAAGGGGGAACCUGGCCUGACAAGAGAGGAAGUCAUCAAAAUCAUCAGGGACAUUUGUGGCUGUGCUCUGAAGUGCAGAGAGAGUCCUCUGGAGCUGGCGUUUGUGAUUGACAGCUCAGAGAGCUUUGGACCGGAGAACUUUGAGGUGGUCAAGGACUUUGUGAACGCCCUGACUGACCGUAUGUCUGUGAACUGUGAGGCCAGCAGGAUCAGUGUGAUCCUCUACAGUCAUUUGGACAUGGUGGUGGUCAAUGUGAAGCAGCAGUCCAGCCAGAACGAUGUUAAGAUGCUAUACCUGGGCGAGGGCACCUUUAUGGGUAGUGCCAUCUUGAGAGCCAACCAGCUGUUCCAGGCCUCGCGGCCCGGUGUUCAUAAAGUCGCCGUGGUACAAACCGAUGGGCAGGCAGACCGGUGUGAUGCAGUGCAGCCUGAGGACGCCGCCAGCAUUGAUGUUUGUCAUCGGAGUGGUAAAUAAGAAAGGCCCGCUGUAAGCAGAAUUCCAGGCUGAGAUGAUUGCUAUCACCUCUGGCCCAGAUGAGGAGCACGUGUACCUGAUAGACGACUUCAUGACGCUGCCCAGUAUGUGGUUCGAGAUCAAGUUCAAGACUCUAGAUCAAGUUUAAGACUAGAUGCUAGACUGCCUAGUAUAUGGUUCUAGUUAAGUUUUAUUUACACUGACACUCAUAGCAGUCAAUUCAAAAUGGAAUCCAUGCAAAUAGCAUAGGCCUAUCUAAAUACAUUGAUAAAAUAUCUAUCAGAACUCAGGAUAAGACCCAGAUGCAGACAGCUAGAAUUACAGAUGUUUAUUGACCCAAACAGGGGGCAGGCAAAAGACAGGUCUAGGCCAGGAAGAGGUUCGUAAUCGGGUCAGAGUCAGGCAGGUACAGAACGGCAGGCAGGCUGGUCAGAACUAGUUAACAGAAACUUGAGAAAACAGGAAGACGGGAAAACAUGCUGGUAAGACCUGACAAGACGAACUGGAAACAGACAGAGAACACAGGUAUAAAUGCACAGGGGAUAAUGGGGAAGAUGGGCAAGACCUAGAGGGGGGUGGAGACAAGCACAAAGACAGGUGAACCCAAUCAGAGUGUGGCAAGAACAGACAAGGGAUCUAUUCUACCAACACAAAUGAAGAGCCCCUUAAGGGGUUUGUGAUGGGGAUGUCUUGAUUUCUGUAGAUCGGCAUGGAACAGGGCCAAAACUGCUUUGACAUUAACUCGAUGAUGUUAAAAACCUUUAUAUAACCCUUUGGUUUAUGACGUCUGUGAGAGAGCAGCGAUUAUUUAAAAUGUAAGUAUUUGAGUUUAAACAGUGUGAAAAUGCAUUGCAUGUAAAGCAGUCACCAUAGUUGCAGUAUUGUAAACUCUUUAAACGUUAUAGAUAAUGUCUCAUCACAUCCCAACUAUGCUCACUGCGUGGCCUGUUUAAAGUUACAUUUGGGGAAAAGUUAUAUUUUGAUACUCCCUGGAUGACUAUUUAAUAAUUUGAUAGCUUGAAAUUAGCUUGAUGUUGAUGACAGUCUUUGUUAAACUGUGUAUCUUGGCACAGCCCUGGAGAGUAUGCUGCUCUUUGUCUUAUCUGUACAUGGAUUUCUUCACACUUCCAUACACCCACUAUAAAUGUUUUGUCUAUGGCAGACUCAGAUCUGUUUCCUUGUUCAGAUUACGUCAUAAUGUUACAAAACCAGUUCUCACAACCAGUUCUCGCAUGUAACAGACAGUGGUGCUUUGUUUAAAGAGUUGGGCCGGAUACAAAGCCUGCACAUUUCCCAAUGUUGAUGUCAGAGGGAUGCACUGAGGACAUGGCCUCCUAUCUAUCUAUGGCUGCAUCCCAAUUCUCCCAAGGAUGUGGAGUAUGUAAGUGCAUACUUUGGGAUAAGGGUGGAGAAUUGGGACACAGUCUCUAUAUCAGUUACAGUUUGACCAAAGCUCAGGCGAACGACAGCACUGCUACACUGAUGCUCCAGAGGACCUGUAUACUCUAUUUCUCUAUUGUGUUCUUUAUGUAGUCUGUGAACCACCCCUGUACUGUACAAAUAUUCAACCAGUUCAUAUUUUUUAUAUUUUCACACCCUUGUUUUUACUCAUUGUGUUGCUUCAAAUAAUUGUCCAUUAAAAGACACCUUAACUUCCACACCAAAAACACUGAACUGAACAGAUUCUCACAGGUCAGGAGUCUCAUAACAUAAAAUGAUCUGUUGUGUACUGAACUUUGUCAAAAUGUCAUCUUUAGCUAUCAAUCUGAAUUUAAUAUUUUACUAGACCUCCAUAAAUCUGUAGAACCCAUUAAGUACAUACUUCUAUUUUCAUUUUAACAAAAUAUCAUGUUAACCUUUGUUUAACUGUAAGUUGGAAAAAAUGAACACUCGACUGUAAAAUAGAUAUUUUUUUACAUUGUAUAACAAAAGCAAAGAAGGAAAUGUGAAACUCUAUCAACAGAAUGAACUCAACUUAGUACAACUGUCUCACCCUGUCACAAAAAAACUGUAACUCUAUUGUUCAUGUUUGUUUACAUAGACAACAAAUACAAUGUAUAGCUUCAAAAUAUGUUUAAAACUACCAUGUCAAUGAAUUUGAUAGUGGUUCCAUUUC